UCUCUCUCUCUCGCUUUCUCUAUCAACUCAAUCUGCUAGAGUUAGAGCUUCAAGGCGUAAAAGAGGCCAUGGAGCUUCAUGACGAUGCUCGUAGCUCUGACUCACCGUCAAGCGAAGAGGACGACCUGAGAAAAGGGCCUUGGACUGUAGAAGAAGACCUUUUACUGAUGAACUAUAUUGCCGUCCAUGGCGAGGGCCGAUGGAAUUCAGUAGCCCGUUGCUCAGGUCUCAAGAGAACCGGUAAGAGUUGCCGGCUCCGGUGGCUCAACUAUCUCCGCCCGGAUGUCCGGCAUGGCAACAUUACUCCGGAAGAGCAACUCCUCAUUCUCGAGCUUCACUCUAGCUGGGGAAACCGGUGGUCGAAGAUAGCACAGCACUUGCCGGGGAGGACGGACAACGAGAUCAAGAACUACUGGCGGACGAAGGUGCAAAAGCAUGCAAAGCAACUCCAGUGCGACGUCAACAGCAAGCAGUUCAAAGACAUCAUGAGAUACCUGUGGAUGCCUCGGCUCAUGGAGCGGAUCCGUGCAGCUUCCGUGCACCAGCAUGAACGGAUUGCGAACAGCGAAACCCACGAGCUUGUGCAGGAGAAGAGCAGCGCAUUUGGUUCAUCGGAUGCGGAGUCGUUCGAGAUGCAGGAUCCGUCACCCGCGGCCUCCGACUGCUUCGCCGUCAGCACCCAGGGAAGCGAUCACGACAUGACUGGUGAUUGGUUCGAGAAGUCGCAGUUCAGCACCUGGUGGCGGGAGACUCUACCGAGCCCCGGAAGUUAUGACGACGUCUUCGGGCUGGUGGACUUUGAUCAGAGUCGAUGGGGGCAGAGCCUAUUCGGUAUGGAUGAUGAUAUGUGGUUGCGGCGGCAGCAGUUUUAGUAUGGGAAAGAAGAGUUCAGUC